AAUCUGUGCAAAACGCGAUGAUUCCUUUUUUUGAACGAGUUAAACCAAUAAAAAUGGAGAAACUUUCAGUAUCCACAGUAUCAAUAUGUAUUCAACACUGAGCUUUUCAUAGAAAAAAGAUUCUAUACGUAGGGUAGGUACGUAACUCUUACGUCUGUUGACGUCACUGGCUUGACCAUCAUUGUAAAAGAUGGAAACGAGUUGGUUAUCCAGUAUGGCGGAUGAGAAGCACAUUCUGUUGUCCGAAACCUCCAAUGUGAUAGAUGAAAAAUGGAUAAGAGAAAGAGUACAUUUAAAGCAUGAUAAUUUAGAUGAUGUUAAAUCAUUGUCGCUACCUGGAUCAUAUCAUGAGAAAAUAACGUUUCUUGGUACUUCGCUACAUAGUUUUACAAGAUUAAAACAUCUGGAUCUAUCACGGAACUCAGUGUGCAGUUUAGAGGGAAUCGGCCAUCUACAUAUGUUGGAGACUCUUAACUUAUAUUAUAACAAUAUAUCAACGCUGAGAGAUCUUUUUCAUUUAAGAACGCUGACAAAUUUAAAGGAACUGGACAUAAGGUUAAACCCUGUGACAAAAAAUGAAGCGGAUCAUCGACUCUUUCUUAUUCAUAUGUUGCCUUCACUCAGAAAACUUGAUGAUCGUUCAGUUAGAGAUAAGGAACGGAAAGCAGCUCUAAUGCAUUUUAAUGCUGAUCAGGCAUCAGAGUUUACAGAUGAAAGAAAUGAUGUUUAUGAUGAGGAUUUUGUUACACAAAAUCAUAGUUUGAAUAUUCCACAUGCUAAGCUUGUGAAAAAUAUUGGUACUAGAUCUGCUUUAGAUAAUGAUGAUAUAAUUUUGAUUGACUCAAUCACUCACAAACAAAACUCACGGAAACAUAGAAUUCCUGAGGUACAAGACUAUGGAAGACGUGAACUUGAUGAAAUGAUUGAUAAAGAAGAAAAGGAAGACAUUCUAACCAAAGCAAGAAACUUAAACAAGUUGAAGGAAGAAGAUGUUGCAAAGGAUUUAAUUGUUGACAUCAAUAACAAUAUAAAACAUUGUCGUCCUAGAUUGGAACUUUAUGCCCCUCAUCCAACACAUGGACAUUUUACUCCAACACCACAAAGAUACUCUCAAACAACUGAUCUAUAUGACAGCAAAGUUGCUGAAAGGUCAAGUCAAUCAACUCUUACACAAGAUGUUGUCAACCAAUCACGAAGUGAUCUUGACGAAAUUGUUAGUGAUGGAAAGCAUCACGUGAUGCGGUCACGUGAUACAGAAAGCUUGUCCUCAAGUGUGAGCAAUGCUGGAGGUAAUCAGCCAACCCCAUCAAACAACAGCAACGAACUUCGUCUUCUUCAUAAGUUGAUGGAUCUUGUUGAUAAAUAUUGGAAUGGUUCAAGAUCUCUUCACAAUCAUGUGAAAUUUAGAGAACUUGCUGUUGCCUUGUUAAAGUCUUAUGGUUCAUCAAUAGAACAUCCAGAACGCGAUUUGACUAGUUUAAAGAAAUUACGAGAAGAUUUAUCCACGAAAGAAAAGGAAUUAAGUCAACUUUCUAAAACUUUAACAAAACAACAACAUACAAAUGAUGAACUACAGAGACAACUCGAAAGAGAAAUAUCGAAACGACAAUUAAACGAUGAAACAACGAAACAAUUAACGAGACUGCAUCAUAGGUUUGAAGCAACACAACAGGAAAAUGUAUCGUUGAAGGCAGCGUUAAAGGAGUUAGAAGAACAAAAGAAAUCAGAUGAUACAUCGACAGAAAUGCAGCGUCUUCAAGAUGAAAAUAUUCGAUUUAAAGAACGUUUUGAGCAACAAAAGGAAAAUAUUCAACAGCUGAAUGAUUUGGCGACAAUGUUACAAGAAAGUCAUAGAUCACUUGUUGCUACAAAUGAUCAUUUAUUGGUGGAAUUAUCUCAAGAAAAAGAUCGACAUCAAAGCGAAGUUAAUCAGCUACACUGGAGCUAUAAGCAGCUUAAAAAGUCUGUAGACUGGAUACCAUCCAUUGGAAAACUAAAUUGAAGAUCGAUCUUCUCAAUGGUAUGGUCACUUAAGAUGACGUAAUUAGUACAUAUGCGUGGGUAAGAAACGUGUUAAAGUGUGUAAAUAAUAUAUAAAUUGAGCAGUCGCUGGUCUUUGUUUCUGGUAAAACGUACAAAAUACUUUAAUGUUAUUAAAAUCAUUGUUAAAAUAAUCAUAAAAUAAGACAUUUGUAAUGUCACAUACGCUACUGAAGUUGCAACUUGUGAUUUUUACUUUUAACGAACCACAUGUUAAUAAUUGCUAAAACAUGAACAGCCAGGAGACUUCAGUGAGUUUUAUCAUAUGAAUUCAUCCCUUUGUAUCCACCAACAUACCCUGCGUCGGCUUUACCAUCAACAUCUACCCUUCCUUCUAAGCCUUUACCUUUACCAGUCUCGUCAAAUCUCUCUUUGUGAGAACCUGUGUAUUUUGAUGUAUCAGUCAAACGAUCUACACCUCCUGCUGUUGUUGUUUUCUAAAUGUUAAACAUUAAAGUCUUGUCACAUAGAUCCUACGGGUACAAAUAUUGUAAUGUUAAGCUCGCGUCAUUUUAUUGACUUAUUUUACUGUAAUUACGACAUCAACGUAACGAUAGAAAAGCGAAUUUUUUUCUCCCUUAGCAACGGGAACGCUUUCCAUUUAAGGCAUGUAACUUUUUCUAUCGCCGACUAUAGCGAAUAAAAAUGAUAUUUUUUUAAAACGAAAA